AUGGCGGCGCUCCGCUACGAGAAGGAAACAGGGCUCGAGGAAAGAGCGAUUUUGCUUACCGAGCAGCUGGCAGCAAUGGACCAACUUAACGAGUGGAAGCACGCCGUCAAGAAGGAGUUCACGCAGUCCCAGUAUUCGGUAGAUCAGGUGCAGAGUUUGCGGAGGAUGGACAACCCGCUCAUGUACUCGGUGCUGGAAAAGAUGGGACUGUUAGGCCUGAUCAAGCGUACUGUAAUCGAUCUGCACUGCGAGGCCAUGCAGACUGCAGCUGCCGCGUCGAAGAAACAUUUGAAAAACUCGCUAGAUGAUGGGCUUUUACUACCGGAGGUGCGCGCGACGGAUGGUUGCAGCCUUGAUGCCGUUCGAGCUGCGCGCGACAACUGGGAAAUGAUCACGAGUGACGAGAUGAUGAGAGUUGCAAAUGAGCUGGGACAGCCACUACCGAACAAAAUACAAGCUGCACGAUUUCUCUACGACGGAAUUGACCUGCUGCGUUCACUCCAAGCCAUCGAGCCGCUCAACCGAGCUCACGAGUCGACGGAGACGUCAGCAGACACUUGGGGCUCGAUUCAACUACAGCUCUAUUCACCGCCAUUCCCCGAGUAUCGACGGUUAUUCUCGGAGCUCGCUCCAGAAUUCGGUCAAAUUGGACUUGAUGAGCUCUUCCCCACGCAAAGGGGUGCGUUCAUUGCUGAGAAAAUCCGUGUCGGCGAUCUAGUUCUAGCUCAUCAAAGUGUGUCGAUGGCUCGCCAAUACUCCAAGACAGGAUGCCCUGUCAGUUUGCGACCCCAGAUAUGGCGGCAAGUUCUGUCAGUCCCUAUCACCGCACUGGAUCGAAACUACUACGCACAAUUACAACAGCAAGUCGCGCAGUGGGCCUACCUCACGGACGACAUGUAUCUGCUUGAUCUCCAGCAGACAAUCAACAGCUGUGACUACUUCGUUUUCCAAGACCACCUCGAAAGCGUACUCAUGGCAUUCACUCGGGAUACAUACGUCAAGGCUCAAGCACUGCAAGUUAAUGGUGCCGUGACAUGUUCGUUAGUUCCCCCGAACGGCGUGCUACCUUUCAGUGGUCUUGUGAUGUAUCUGGCUCCACUAGCAUAUCUCUUUGCGGACCCUGUAGAGAUCUACUACGUUUUCCGCGAAUUGUACAUUCGAUACUGGAGCAAGCUCAAUGUUAUCCGCACUGAACGAGGAACGAUCUUACCACUUUGCAAGCUAUUUGAGGAUCUCAUUGUGCGCUCCAGUCCCGCUGCUGUCUUCCAUCUCAGAAACAUUGGCCUCAAACCUCUGGACGUUGCAUUCCCGUGGAUUCAGAGUGCGUUCUCGGGUGUAUUGGACAUUGAUCAAGUACUCCUCCUCUGGGAUCGCGUCAUUGGCUACGAUUCGCUAGAAAUUGUCGUCAUCUUCGCUGCAGCACUUUUUAGCUUCCGAGCAGAUGAGCUGGAGUGUGUGAGCACGCGCGAGGAAGUCGAUGAUCUUUUUACAGAGCUCAUUGAUAUUCCAGUAGUCACGUUAUUGCAGGAUUAUCUCUUUGGGCUUCAGUACCAGGUAAGCAAGAAUCAAUAG